AUGAGAGUUUAUCAUAACCUUAGCUCUGAUAAUACCAAUGUAAAUCCCAAUGUAUAUGCAGAUGGAAAUAUAUCAUUACCUACUCAGGUCAUAUCCCCAAACUCUACUUCAUUUGGUGGAACAACUACGUUGCAACAGAAUCAACAAUCGUUCGAUAGCAUCCAGGAUGUUAAUAAUAAUAUUGGCAUGUCACCAGUUAUUAGAAAUAAAAACACUAAUGAGGAAGGACUAGUAUUAGCUUCUAAAAGAUUAUGGGAACAGAAUUAUUACUUGAAAACUUCCUAUGUCCCUACAAUUAGUGGUGUUGGUAGACAAUUAUAUUAUCCAUCACCAUCACCAACGACCCAAUUUUAUUCUGGUGAUUCGAGAAUUUCUGACUCGAAACAAAUUGAGUUUACUACAAGAAUGAUUUCUCAGGAUGAAUAUGUGAGAGAUGCUACUAAGCUUCCUCUUGGGAUGACUAUUCAACCGUUUGUAGAUUUAAUUCCAGCACUUAAUCCGGCCGAAACAACAGUACCUUUAACACCAGGUAUUCCACCACUACGUUGUAAAAGAUGUCGUACAUACGUUAAUCCAUUUUUCAAAUUCAACAGAGAUGGAUCAGUAACAUGUAAUAUAUGUAAGGUUAAAAAUCAAAUUUCUGAUCCACAAAUGGAAUUCCAUUUCAAUUCAGGUAAUGCAUCUAUGUCAUCAUCUCUUUACCCUCAACUUUAUAAAGGAACUGUAGAUUUCAUUGUUCCAGAAACAUAUAACAUCAAUAAGGGAAAUUCAUCUGUUCCAUUGCAUUAUUUGUUUUUAAUUGAUACAAGUAUAAUUUCUAAAGGCAAUGUCAUGACAUCCUUUUUGAAUGCAGCUAAGGAAACUAUUGAGAAAUUAUGUAUUGAACAACCAAAUUGUAAAAUUGGUAUUAUUGCAUUUGAUUUAAGUUUAAGAUUUUUCAAUUUAUCAAGUAAUUUAGGAUCACCAUCAGAAUAUAUUGUUAAUGAUUUAAAAGAACCAUUUUUACCAAUAUUAGACGGAUUAUUUGUUAAUCCUGUUGAAAGUAAAAAAAUCAUAUUGUUAACUUUUGAAAGAAUUAAUGAAUUAAUUGAACAAAGUAUGUUUGGCAAUCAUCCACGAAAUGUUUAUGGCUCUGCAUUAAUGGCUGCUAAAUUAGCAUACAAGACUGUGACAAAGGGAGAAGGUGGUAAAAUUAUUUGUUAUUUAUCAUCUAAACCUACAUAUGGAGAAGGUAAUUUAUCAUUAACUAAAGAUGAUAAUCAAAAAACUUCAUUGAGAUGUGAUAAUCAAUUUUUCUUGAAAAUAGGUAAUGAAUUAUUAGCUAAUCAAAUCUCUAUUGAUUUAUAUCUUUUUAACAAUAAAUUCCAUGAUAUGAGUAAUAUUUGUUACCCUGUAAGGAGAACUAAUGGUAAUGUACACUAUUAUCCUGAUUUCAAUUUUCAAGAAGAUUUACAAACAUUAAAGAAUGAUAUGCUGAAUGAUAUUUCUAAAUUAGUCGGGUACCAGGGAUUAUUAAAAGUUAGAUGUUCUGAAGGAUUAUCAGUUGGUAAAUAUUAUAUCCACGAUGGAUCUACUAAGGAGCCUAUGUUUGGUUGUUUAACUAAAGAUACCAAUUUAGAUAUUCAAUUGAAAUAUGAUGACAAGAUUAAACCUGGAUCAGAUGUAUUUUUCCAAGUAGCAUUAUUGUAUACUGACUUGAAUGGUAUUAGAAAAGUUCGUACAUUGAAUUCUAAAGUCACAGUAGCCAAUACCUUAAGCAACAGUUUUAAUUACUCUAAUGAGCAUGUAAUAUUGCGUAUUAUGUUGAAAGAUGUCAUUUUCAAAUAUUUAAGCAAUUGGGGCGUGAAUAGGAUUAAAGAAGAAUUGGAUGAUAAUCUAUUGGAAAUCAUUACUCAAUAUAUUGCGUUAAUCUCUGGGAAUAAUAAUAAUACUUCCUUCACUGGUAAUAGUGUUUUAAACGGUGGUGGAAACAAUACUAUUUCCAAUGGUGGUAGUAGCAAUAGACUAGAUUAUAAAUUGCCAAGAGGUAUUCAACACUUAUUGAAUUAUAUAUUAGGGUUUGAGAAAGUGGAAAGUAUGAUUUUCAACCGACAAUCCACCCGUGGUAAUCAACGGAUAGCUACUCUAUAUGACUUGGUGAGUAUGAGUUCCAGUCGAUUGAUGUAUAAGUUGUACCCUCAAAUCAUCCCAUUACACUUGAGUAUGAUGGAAGAAGAUUUCGAAUAUUACGAUUCAAAUGAAAUGUUAAUUCAAAUGAAUGAAUUGAAUAUCCCAGGAAUGAGUGUUUCUAAUAGUGGUCAUCAUAUUACUAACGGAGGAUGUUAUUUGAUAUUUGAUGGAGAAGUUGUGUAUCUGUGGUUUAAUGAAAACACUAACCCCAUGUUACUUGAAGAUUUGAUGGGUUCUGAUGGAUUGGCAAACGUAAUUGCUAAGGGCGAGUUCCCCACUAAUUUGGAUACUGCUAUUAAUAAGAAAGUACAAAACAUCAUCAAGAAUUGGAGACAAACCAUUGGAAGAAGUGCCAAUCUAAAAAUUAAAUCAUUGAGACCAUCAGUUGAUAAAUAUUAUCAUUCUGUGAUAUCACAUCUAUUAGUAGAAGACCGGUUGGUCGAAGGUACUUUUAAAGGGCCAGAUACUUUGUCAGCUUAUACUACAGAGAUGUUUGCCUCUGCUAAGAGACGUGUUAGCAAGAGAGAUUUUGUCAAGAACAAUAAGAACUUGAAUAAUGCUCAUGAAAAUUUACACCAAGAUUAUGUGCAAUUUUAG